AAUGUGCUGUUUCAGUUGUGUUUGUCGACUGCAGGCACGAGCGAGUGAAAAGUUUAAGAAAAUGAGCAUUUCUGCUAUUUGACAUGAAAUAAAAGUAAGUGGCACACCACAAGAUAACACAAAUUAAAUUGCCCUAAUUCUGUAGCCAUAUUUUCUCAAAUGGGACAACAAUAAAGCAAAACAUUAAAUAUUUGCGUUGACACACCGGACAAGCAUUAGUUAAGGCACUCAAAUAGCAAAAGCUGAAAUGUACAUAGAGCACUUGGAGGCAGCAUAAAUGAGGGUUUAAAUAUGAAGAAUGAGGAACAGAAAAUGAACUCUACAAACUUGCACAAGUGAAACCAGGAAAUAAACAUCCACAAUUACCGUGGAAAACUCUUCAGCUACACGUGCAUGAAAUCACAUGGAGGUGCUCUCGUGCUCACAUGACAGUCCGAGCCAUGGCAGGAGAGAUCAAUGAAGGUUCAGUUCCUGCCUAUUACAGGGAAGUGUACGAGGCUAUCAGUUGUAGAACAGAUGAGAGAGUGCAGGUUGAAGUUUUUCAGCGGCUGCUCCAAAGAUCUGGUCUCUCCAAGGCGACUCUUAACCAGAUUGCUGAGCAUGUUGACUCCACGGAUGGAUUCCUGAGCAAGCUGUCCCUCUAUAAAGCACUUGCCUUAAUUGCUCUUGCCCAGCAAGGAAAGCAACCAAGUCCCAAACUCUUGGAGAACUGCAUACAGGAGUUACCCAAACCUCAGCUGGGGGAGCCGAGGGAGCUGAGUGCUCUGAGGAUGCAGCCGGCUCAGGAGAACGCGCUGACAAUGUCGCAGACGCUGGAUAAACUUUUGGAUAGAGACACUGUGCAGGUGGAGCUCAUACCUGAGAAGAAGGGCCUGUUCCUCAAACAUGUGGAAUACCAGGUCACCAGCCAGCGUUAUAAAAUAUCAGUUUACCGACGUUACAGUGAUUUUGACGUCUUCCACGAGGUUUUGCUCCAGAGGUUUGCCUACAGAGUGGUUCCAGCAUUGCCACCAAAAAGGAUGUUAAAGGGAGUCCUGACUUCAGUCUCUGAGCGGGAGUUCAUUGAAGGAAGGAGACGAGCUCUUGGCAGAUUUAUUAACUUGGUGGCUCGCCAUCCUUUCUUUUCUGAGGAUGAGCUGGUCAAGACCUUCCUCACCUUCAGUGGCUCAGAUGUUCAGACCAAGCUGCGUGACACUUACAAGAAAACAGGUGAUGAGUUCAUGACCAACAGAACUGCAACCCAGGCUAAGGAAUAUCUCCCUGCAGAUAUUCAGGGUCAGUUCUCAACAAGCAGAGACCUAAUUAGGAAUAUCCACAACAGCUUCCAGAGGCUGCGGGACAGAGCUGAGAAAAUGGCAGAACGCUCGAAAGAGAAUGCAACAGAUCUGCUCUUGUUUGGCAAAGAGCUCAGUACUCUGGGCUCAGAUACUACACCUCUUCCUGCCAUGGCUUCCCCACAAUGCACCUGGGGGACCUUGCGUCAGUCUCUGAAGAGCCUGUCCGUGGAGUUUGCUGUAUUAUCUGACAAAGCGGCUCAGCAGGGCAGACGAGAGGAGGAUGAUGUUGUGGAAAAACUCAACCUCUUCCUUGAUCUGCUGCAGUCGUACAGAGAUCUUUGUGAGCGGCAUGAGAAGGGUGUGCUUCAUGAGCACCAGAGAGCUUUGCACAAGUACGGCAUGAUGAAGAGGCAGAUGAUGAGUGCCACUGUGCAGUCAAAAGAGCAGGCAUCUGUGGAGCAGCUGGAAUCACGAAUAGUUCAGCAAGAAAGUGCCAUUCAGACCAUGGAGCUCCGCAACUACUUCUCCCUGUUCUGCCUUCAUCAGGAGACGCAGCUCAUCUUCGCCUACCUUCCGAUCACGUCCCACAUUCUCGGGUCUUUUGUUAACUCACAGGUCCAAGGACACAGAGAGAUGGGAGAGGUGUGGAAUGAACUCCAGCCAAAGCUUGGGUGUCUGUUUGGUGGCAAAAAUGGAAUGAAAGCACCCAUUUAAAAGCUAAACGCGUGACGAAGAAGACGAACACUGCCACCGAUGAGGAUUGCAAACUGGAAAUGAAAAAGCUCCACAAGCUAACGCAAAUAAGUACUAUGCUAAACUGUUCCCAUCCAUUUUAUCAGUAAGAGAAUUUACAAAGUCUUGCUUCUUAAGUUUCAUCAACUAUUUUUUCCACAAAAGACAUUGGGCAUUUUAUGCUGUACUUGAUGGGGAUGUAACACCCAUUUCUGAAUAAUUUACAGCUGUCAACAGGGCAGGAAAGUCCUUCAAACUGUUAUUUUAACAAGGGAUAAAGGGUGACAUUGUGUUCAUACUUUCCAACACAUUUGCUGAUGCACCAGUUUAUACCUGGUAAGAAGUUUAACACACUAAGAUAGUGGGGACAAAUUAAGAGGGGCACAAAGUCUGAGUUUAUUUCCUGACAAAGUUUCAACUUGCUGAAUAACUUUAGACCUUUUGGUUUAUAAGAACAUGUAGCUGAAUACUUUAUAUUGUUGACAGUUUUGUGCUUUUUCUUACUGUUUAUUUUGAUAUGAAGUCUGGCUUGAAAGUUUGACUCUUGUGGAAUUUCUGCUUAAAUAUGACCUACAAUAUUAUUAGAUUUUUACAAAAGUCCUAAAAGUCUAUUGGGAAAACCCAAUUUAGCAAAUUUAAUAAAACAAUUUGAACUCCACCAGUUGAAAAGCAUCAGAAAACUCCCCAGAAGCGGUUGAAAACAAGGUGUGUAUUAGUCCACACAUCCACACACCGUAAUUCAUUUUAAGAGGCUUAAAAAAUGACUGAAGUCAGCCAUUGCUCUGUAAUCACAUGAAGUCUGAGGAUCACAUGAACAAACAGCUGUUGCAGGGAAAUAAAUGUUUUUUGAACUAAUGAGACAAAAAAACCCCCCAGAACUCUUUGAUAUAAAUGAUGUGUGUUGUAUUUCGACAAAGGAAUAAACAAAACCUCUCAACCUCUGUAAAACACGGUGGUGGUAGCUUCAUGGUUUGGACCUGUUUUGCUGCAUCUGGGCAUAAACAGCGUUUACCAUUACUGAUGGAAAAAUGAAUCCUGCAUUGAAACAGGAAGACAGCCCAAAACAUAUGAUUAAUUCUAAGAGAUUUGUUGGAGUAAUAGUUUUUUUUUUCUUUUUGUAAUAGUCAAGUUAGUUUUUGUGAAAAGACCUGAAAUGAACAGCUCCUGUGUGCAAACCCACCAACAUCCCAGAGAUUAAGCUGUUCUAUCACAUCAAAUAAAAACAAUCUGUUGUACUUUUUUAGUCAUUAAAAUAAUGUUAGGCCAUUUUCCUGAAUAAGCAAAUAUUAACUGGGUAUUAUUUGUUUACUUUUAAGACUUAUGUGAAAACCUCAUGAUUGAGAUUCAAACUUUCAAGCUCUAAGUGCAACUUCUUCGCUCUUUUACUAUAUAAGCUAUGUCAAAAGCCUGACCUCAAACUGUUUGAUGCUACGAAUGUGAGACAUGAGGUUUAUUAAUUAAAUGAUUACCUCUGGCAGUAGUAACAACAUAUGCCAACAAUAACACUAUAAGAUGUUAAUAUAUUACCAAAGAUAAACCAUAGAAAUUUGCUAAAAAAUGCUGUGAACCAUAACAGGAUUUCUAUACAGCUCCAUUUAAAGGAAUAAACAAAUCUUUACAUGAAUUUCUUUAAACAGAUUUCAGGUCUCAUCGGCUUGCAGAAGGAUCACUCUGUGUUGUUUAUCAGAAAAAAUAAACGUCUGGAUAUCGUUGAG